AUGGCGGCGCGGUUGGAGACGUUCCUCAGCUCCAGUACCAAGGACCUGUUGGUGCUACGAAGACCUCUUGACAACAGUCUGCCAGUGGAUGUGGACUUUCUGCACCGGUCCGUGUAUGACUUCCUGUGCACGAACCGAAUGCAGCAGGUUCUGCUCGGAAAUACCCCAAAGGCAUUCCACACUGGACGCAUCAUUCAUCUCAUGGAUCAGGCGAAAAUGAUCCUGGCCGCCGGCGUUGUCGAUUACGGCGAAAACAACGUGCGUGCUGUUGCACAAGCAUCACUGGGACAGCCACACCUCGACCUAAACUCGUACUAUGCAGCCAGCUUUGAACCAGCACUCAUGGCACAUGUCAGACAGGAUAUACAUGCUCCCGACAACACCAGGUAUGUCGGAAAAGCUAGAGAUGCGCCCGACGACAACAAUCGAAAUAUGGAUGCCUGCAUCGCAAGCUUAAUCGCUGGUGGCGCGUUCACCUUCGCAACCAAAUACUACCACCUGAAUCAUCCUGAUCAUGUCUGGGCGCUGACGCCAAGCACAUGCUUUGCCGCGGCUCUAGGUCUACAUCCCACAAUGCCUUACGGAUUGCAACAUGUCAACGUGGACUUUCUGAGAAGGUUCCGAGCGGGAUUUCUUGGAACAUGGGACGUUGAAGGAUAUAGAAACCCCAUUGAGCAUGACAUGGAAAACAUGUAUAGGCACUGCGGGAAUAACGUCAUGCAGCAUUUUUUCAACAAAUGGGCCACAGAAGCUCAUCGACAGGAACAAGACUACGACAGCAAGGUCCUGCCGGUGGUUUGGGAAAUCGUCAAAACUUUUUCUGGACCCACCGAAUCAAUGGCUGGAUAA